UGCUGCUUUAGGCAUAGCCGUAACUGGUGGAGAGUUCAGGGGUCUGGACCCCCUCCCCCAAAACUUUAUAAAAAUAGAAACAUUUUAGUGGCGAGUAUAAUUUAUUGACUAUAUAUUUUUAGUAUAAAUAUGAAAAAAAAAGUUGAACCCCCCUGAAUUUUUUUUCAAUUACGGCCUUGGCUGUAGGUGAUUAUGGACAUUGGUUAUUAAAAACAAUUAAUAUAAAAACAAAUGUUUUAAUGCAUUAGUAUUAUAUUUUGUAUUAAAAAUUAUUAUUCUAUACUAAAUACGGUUGUGUCACAUAUCUACAUAUAUAAACAUUAAAUGCUAUUGGUGGGUACCAAACUACCAAACAGGAAACAGGAAAUCCGAUAGCAGAUGGCAGUUGGGCAGUAAAUUACUACCUAUUGUGUUACCUAUAGGCUGUAGUUACAGGUGACAGGUGAAUUCAUUCGUGCGUUGACUCUUGAGUGGUUGGAUGUGUAAUAUUAAACUAUAAUAUACGUUUUCGAUUUUAUUUGCCGUGUGUGUUUUUCUAGUUUCGAUGCAAAUACUCAAUGUUUCAUACCACGUACAACGACGUUUUAAGUGUCUUGUAAAGUUGUAAAGUUAUAAAUAUUACCUACUUUCAAAAUCAAUUAAUAAAUACAUAAUAGAUACCUAUUAUUAUUAUUGUUAUUAUUUCUGCUUUAACCGUUCGUGAUGGACGAAGACAUACGAUACCAACGCCUUCCCCAAUCAUUCUCCGUCAGAGAACUCGGGUCUUCCGAGGCCAGGGGCUUAUGGGGAAUCAAACACACGCGGAAACCAGUUGAUUUGAUGGUAGCGAAAGCUAAAAGCUCGUCAACGCCCUUACAGCCACAAGUCGAACUACGAAUUACCGAAGACGGAUGUGAAAUUAUUGGUGACAAAUUUAGAAAAGUUUUCCCUAUUCACACAGUUUCUUACGGAGUUCAAGAUUUGGUUUAUACAAGAGUUUUCUGCAUGAUAGUUGUUAAAGAACAAAUAAGUACGGACAGAAAACCAUUUGAUUGUGUGGCGUUUGUCUGCGAAAGUCGUCAAGCUGCAAGAAAUUUGACUUAUACUUUAGCUACAGCAUUUCAAGCGUAUAGCAGGAAAGUACGAAGUACUGGAACAUCUAAAUCUCGCUUUGCCAUUGAUUUAAGAACUGCUGAUGAACUAGAAAUGGAUCUUAAGAAAGUUGACUCUGAGGCAUAAUCUUGUCAUAUUGAUAGUUUUAUUUUAAAAUUAAAUUUAUAAAUGUUUUUAUAUUGAAAUAUUAUUUAAAGAAAAAAAAAUGCUUUGAUACCUACAUUAUGUAUGACUAUUUAACUUAAGA